GUGCUGCCCGCCGGCGGCUCCCUUGGCGGCUGGGAUGCUUCCUCUUGGCGCCUCCCUCGCCGGUUUGCAGCUUCUGCCCCGCGCGUUGCAGCCCCCCUGAGAGGUUUCUCCUGCGUGGGUGGCCGAGAAAGUUGCGGUGCUUAAAGUGAUUUGGUUCCGCGGGAUCAGGGGUGGAAACAAUGGAGGACGAAUUUGAGGCUUUGUCCACACCCCCGUUUCUUACUGAGAGCUUGGAGAUGGCAAUGGAAGUGGAGAAUGAGAAACCGCCUUGUUUUUCUUGUGCUUUUGACAACCAAAAUGGAGGGAGAAGCUUCUCUGCAGAGUCUUAUUUAGCAAAUGGGUCUCUUAAGAGGGUUUUGCUGAGACUAGAUCCUUCUCCAAAUGACUAUGAAGAAGAUGUAGUGGAAAUGUUUGGCUUUCAGUGGGUUACUGAAAUGGCGUUAGUUGAAUCCUGUGGAUUUCUCUUUGGAUUACUUAGGCAGCAGAUAUGCAGACUGGAAAACCUAGUACAAAUGAGUUCCUCUGAUUUUGGUCAAGCUGCAAACUUGCACUCUGAAGCAGAGAGCAUCAGGAAUCAGUGUAUUAAGUUUUUGCAUUAUGUGAAAGUUUUCAUCUUCAGGUAUCUGGAACCCCCUAAAGUGGAAAAUGAUGGAAUGCUGCAUCCGUAUGAAGAGCUAGAAGCGCAGUUACCGUCAGUAUUGGUGGAAGAGCUUCAUGCUUUGACUAUGCACAUUGGUCACCUUUGUGAACUCCCUAGUAGUGUCCUGGCAGCAUUUACUAUUCAUCAUCAGGCAAAGGUCUUUCCCCCAUCAUGGCAUUUACUACAUCUCCACUUGGAUAUUAAUUGGCUAAUACUGGAAGUCCUUCAUGUACUAGGUGAAAAAAUGAUGAGACAAGUCGUAUAUGCUAACCAUUUCAUAAAUCUGACUGGAGAGAAUUUAACCAGUGUCAGUUUAUUUGAAAAACACUGUGGAAAUCUCAUAUCUGAUUUAAUAAGCUUGUCCAUCAACAAGUAUACAAAGGUGCGACCUUCUGAGGCUCUUACUAGUCACCAUUAUCCCUGUACCUGCAUUAAAGAACUCUGGAUUCUACUUAUUCAGCUGCUAGACCACAGAAGUAAAGGAUCUCAUACAGAGUGUUUCUGGAGCUUGGUGAACAAAACUCUAAAGAAUAUCUUUGAAAGGCCGAGUAAUUCAGAAGGGAUGUCCGGUUUUGAAGCAGUUCAGUGUAAAGACCCAUUGAGUUUUAGCUGGUGGAUUGUUAGUCAUCUGGCAUCACUCUACCAGUUUGACCGUAAUGGAAAUCUAGAUGAAAAGAAACAGAAGGAAUCCAAUUGGAAAUUUGUGGAAGAACUCCUUAAAAAAUCCACUGAUGCUCAAACCGGUGUGUUGGAGGAACACUUAAGAAUGCAUCUUCAGUGCUGUUUGACUUUGUGUAGUUUCUGGGAUUUGAACCUAUCUAUUGUCACCAUACUCUGGGAUUAUUACAGCAAGAAUCUGAACAGUGGCUUUGCUGUUCCUUGGCUUGGUCUGAAGGAUCUGGCAAAUGUUAGUAAGACUUCUUUGUCAAUGCUUGAGUUGGUGAAAUGUUGCUGCUGCGAACAGCAGAUCCCUUCUCUGUACAAGUCCCACAACAGUUACUUCAUUUUUCUCUGCAUUUUGGCACGGAUGAUUAAAGAAGAAAACAGUGACAUGCAUCCUUGGAAACAAAUUAAAGGACGAAUUUAUUCCAAGUUCCAUCGGAGAAGAAUGCAGGAGCUGACAGAAGUGGGGCUGCAGAACUUUUUUAGCUUAUUCCUCAUGCUAGCAAUUGUUGUGGAGACAGAAGAUAUAGUGAGUCGAGUGUUGGAUCUUUUGGAUUUCCUGGCUCCAUCCUCCAUCACCGUGUCUCAGAGAGCUCUCAUCUGGAGAGGUCAUUUUGCUUUCCUUUUGAUUUAUGUUGAGAAGAACUUGGACGUUAGCGUCCUAGCUGAGAAAAUCUCAAGUGCUUUCCGUGAGAAGGCAAAGGAGUUUUUAGUAAACAAAAAUGACUACACGCAGAGACACAAUCUCUGGACUCUACUUUCGACCUACAUUGAUGGUGUCCAGGAAGUGUUUGAGACUAGCUGCUACUUGAGCCUUUCUGAGGAAAAGUUGCUAAAUGAUGGCUUUACAAUGCUGCUGCCUGCUUGUCGAGGAGCUGAGCUGAGUAUGGUCUUGAAUUUUCUUCAGGUUGUACUAGCCAGACUUCGGAGUGUGCACGAACGUGUAAGCCAGGGACUUCAACUAGGGAACACAGCCCCAGACGCACAGCUCCCAUUAGUGGCUAAAGAGCACCACCUUGCUGUCGCCAGUGCUCUCUGGAGAAAUUUCUUUCCGUACUUGAAGAGCCAGAGAAUGUCACAGAUGCCGCCUUCCCCUCAGCUUGCUGAUACAGCUGCAGGUUUUACUCUCUUAGCUUUGGAUAUACCCAGCAAAGCCCUAUCAGAUCUCCAGCCACAGCCUGUUUUAUCAAUGAUGCAGCUGUUUGGAUGGGAUGACAUGGUGUGGCCUCAGCUGGUGUCAAGAUAUCUAAGUCAUCUAAUUCAAAACAGUUCACUGUGUGAAGCUUUUUCUAGUAUGGGAUAUACAUCCUAUGAAGCUCUGACAGUACGUUCUUGGUUUCGAUGCAUUUUGCAAAUGUUCAUAGAUCAACCAAGUGGUGUUCUGGCCAAGACAGAUGCUGAGCGAACAGUUGGGAAAGCCUAUUUGGAGCAGCUGACUGAAAUGACAAGACUGAUUUUUAAACUCUCAGAAGUAGAAAACAUUCUUUCAAAGGCUCAUGUUGAAGAAUCAGUUUUCAAGCAAGACCCAAAAUAUGCUCUUGUCCAGUUCAUUAAGGCUGUUGGUAGAACUUACAGUGGCCUUCAGACACUCCCUGAGAAAUCUGCCAUGGUAGCAAAGACUCUAGAGUAUUUAGGUGAUGUAUUAAAGUACGUAAAACCUUACCUGAAGGCAAAAGGACCUCCAGAAGGUCUGCAGCUUACAUAUUGGAUCAUAGGAUGUCUGGUAAAGUUCUGGGCACCAAUACUGGCUACUUCCAAGGCACAGCAACUCUUGUUUCGCAUUGUGGAUUGCUUAUUGCUGCCGCACUCUGUGCUUCAGCAGGACAAAGAACUGCCUGUGGCUUUGCUGUCUGCCAUUCAGGAAAGCCUGCCUCUUUAUCUUCAGGGCUUGUCCUUCAUAUGCUGUCAGUCUCAAACACAGGGUGCCUAUUUAAAUCAACUCCUUGGGAGCAUUAUUCGACACUAUUUUGGACGAUUUCUCCCUUCUUCUCCAACUGUGCCUGGUACUGGACAGCAUCCUAUGCUGACUGCUUUAUGCAGUUCCAUUACAGCCCCACAGAUGCUCCGUCUACGGAAGACCACUUUGCAUGUCAUAAGUGAAAACUACAUGCAGUUCAAAGGCAAUGCUCCACCUCCUCGCUUGGCCUCCGUUCUUGCUUUCAUUCUUGAAGUACUUCAGAGAACCCAGAGCACUGAACUGUGUGACAUUGAAUUAGUUCUCCCAUCUGUGUUGAAAUGCAUGGUAUUGGUUAAUGAGCUACAAGUUAAAAAAAUAUCUACAGACAUUGUACAGAACGUGGUAGAAGGCUGCCAAGCAGGGUCAGGAGGAGAACAUGCCACCCAGCUGACUUCUGUAUUUAGGCAGUUUAUCCAGGAUUAUACCGCUGUCUAUGAUCACCGGGUUUUCAGCAUACUAGAAACAGUGGCAGUCUUGGAUCAGAUGUUGGUUACCAGCCUGAUUCCCACAAUCACACAGUCUCUGAAGGAUUUGGAGUACAAACAAGGUCUUGGAAGAAAUGCUGCACAGAGAGAAGCCUAUAAAAGACUCUUAUCUUACCUCGCAGAGGCUGGACAAAAUGAGAUACAAAAACUGGAAAAUGAGACAGAUGAGUAGUGUGCUGGUGAUUAAUUCUUUCCUCUUGGAUGUUGUGACACUGUCAAUACCUAAAACUAUACUCUACGACACAGUAGACAAGUUCUUUAUCUUACAAUGGAAAUACAUUUAUCAAUUUUGUGGUUGGUUUUUUCCCCCAAUUUAUGUAUUAAUUUGAAAAAUUUCUGUGGUAUUUAAUAUUGUCAUGCAUCUGAAGAUUAACUUAAUAUACUGAUGGAUGGCGACUGAAAGAUACAGCUAAUUUAUUACAUAUUUAAAUGUCUGUAUGAACAGAGCCUCUAUUGCAACAUACAAGACAGGAUUUCAAAGAAUUAAUUUCACAACUCGGUUCACAUUGAGACCUGUCCCUCUUAACAGUGUACUUUCAAAAAUCUUAUUCAGUCUGUCCAUAAGAAAAUCUUAACUUUGUACUUCCUAAUUUAUUAUUUUAGCAGAAUAAGAAAAACCUGUGCUCUCUAGUACUGAACUUGUUGAAUGCAGUGUAUUCACUGGGAGUUCUGCCAGUAUGAUGAUGUUGAUGUUGUGCCAGUAUAGCGUUGUUAAGAGAGAGAGCUUGUGCUUAUGUUGCACAGAAUGUAUAUAGUUGUCUUAACCUUCCACCUGUAUUAAAACAUUUAAGUCUUUCAGAUUCCAGUGUAAAAUUUCUCUGUUGUCUUUGUGGGUAAUAUAAAAAAAGGUAGGUUCAGAUUUCCCAUUCUCUCCCUUUUCAAUACUAUGUUCCUAAAAUUAAUCCAUAAUUUCCAGGGAUCCUAUGAUCUUUUCAUUAGCCAUGACACUGUUAAUUAUCCACUUAACUUAGACUAAGUGUGAGGGAAAAAGAAGAGAGGAUAAACUUCUAAUUUGAUCAUAGGCUAGUCAUUAUUCCUGUUUGCCUGAAAAGUUGGAUUUUCAACUAUUUUGCUGUGUUAUUGAUCUUUCCGGGAUAGAUCUAGCUCUGUAACUUUUUCUACAUUUUUGUUCUCUAAAGUUCUCAAGGAACUUUUAUUAAUGGCUGU